AAUAUGUUUAGCACAAGUGUAUAAUUAAUUUAAGUUUGUUUAACGAAAUAUUUUCUUUUAUAAUGUCGCUAGAACAAACUGCUUGCGAUGACUUGAAGGCGUUUGAACGUCGACUAACAGAAGUUAUAGCAUGUCUUCAACCUGCCACUAUGAGAUGGAGAAUUUUGUUAGCGGUUGUGUCUAUCUGCACGGCAAUAGCCGCAUGGCACUGGCUGACAGAUCCUCUAACACCAGUGGUGUCUCUGACACAGUCGCUGUGGAACCAUCCUUUCUUUGCGUUCACAUCUACUUUCUUAGUACUGCUGUUCAUGUUGGGCGUGCAUAGGAAGGUGAUAGCGCCCAGUAUAAUAACGGCUCGCACUCGUUCCGUUUUAAAUGAUUUCAACAUGUCCUGUGAUGAAACUGGCAAGUUAAUUCUAAAGCCGAGACCUGCUAAUAAUUAAUUGGCAAUCGUAACAAAGUUUUGUAAAUAUUA